CUCCGAUUAUUUCUUAUUUUUCGAGUGUCGCAAUAGUAAUCGCAAUAAUAAAGGAAGAACAGGAGACGGGGGUGGGAGGGAGAGCAGUAGUGGAGUAUUCAUGGCGUUUUUCUUUUUCUCUCUGGGUCUCCAUUAAAUGCAGUUGAAUUGAACUAUUGCAGCAGUUGGGAAAAGAAAGAACGACAAGACCUUUCUUCUUCUCGCUUCUCACUUCUUCAAUCCCUGUCUCUGUACUCUGAUCUCUCAUUAAACCCUCCUGCACCGUACUCUUUAAUUGCGCCUGUUCCGGAGCCAAGUGAGGAAGGCCAGAGCUUUUUCUCCCCUUGUUAUCCACAUUGAUUGAACUCUGCAUUUGACGAAAAGAAACAGAGUUUUAGCUCAAGAAGAGGCAGAUCAGUGAGACCUUUUUUUUCAGUGGUCAAUUUCCAGCUGAUUCCCCGCAUUGCUAUUGUUUGCCAGAUGGGUGUUGUGAGUCAUCGUUUUGUUUGACAAGGGCUUGAUACUCGGUCUAGAGAGAUGAGGAUGGAUAGGGAAGAUGGAAAGAAUGGAGGAGGCUACGUUGGUGGUUUCUUUCAGCUGUUUGACUGGUCUGGAAAAUCAAGGAAGAAGUUGUUCUCGAGCAAAUCGGACUUACCAGAACGAUCGAAGCAAGGGAAGCGAAGUGAUGGAAACUUGCCAAUGACACGGCUCCGUCUGAUGGAUGACGACGAGAAUGGAGGAGGACCAUGUAGCAUAAGAAGUGGUGGCGACUACAGUUGUGCUUCUUCAGUCACAGAUGAAGAUGGAUAUGGAGGAGCUAGGCCAGCUGGAGCUAUAGCAAGGCUCAUGGGGCUCGAUUCCAUGCCAACAACAUCCAGUUUCCUGGAGCACAAGGGCACCACCGCGUUUUCCGAUACUCAGUCACUACGUGAAUCGUCUUCUCACAGUAGCAGAAAUCAAUCCGCUUACUACCAUCAUGACUACCACAGCAUGUACUCAGGCGAGCUGCUCCAUAGGCCUCAAAAGGCGGUAAGCAGGCCUAUGGAGAAGUUCCAGACCGAAGUCUUGCCUCCCAAGUCUGCUAAAUCCAUCCCUAUUACUCAUCAUAAACUUCUCUCACCUAUAAAGAGUGCCCAUUUCGUACCGAGCCAUUCUGCUGCUCACAUAAUGGAAGCCGCUGCUAAGAUCAUCGAGUCUAGUCCGCAAGCUCCUCCUCCCAAGUCAAAGCUCUCUUCUUCUUCUUCUUCUUCAUUGGCACCCUUGAAAGUUCGCAACUUGAAGUCGAGACUUGAAGCCCGUGAUCAUGCCAAGGAGAAAACUGCUUCUAGGAAGCCUGCUGAGUCGAACGCUGCUAAGUGCUUGAAAGGCCAACCUAUGAACAAGAGCUGGAAUGGAUCAACAGUUGAUGCAGCAAGUACUUUUAGGGUUUCCCAUGAGCUGGAGGAAGGACCUUCUUCGUCUUAUGGUCAAAAAAGCAAGGGGAAAUCCGUGUCACUUGCUGUCCAAGCAAAGGUUAAUGUACAACAGAGAAGAGAAGGCUUGACCUCGAGAGGUAAUCGGGGUAUAGUAGUAGAACAGCAACAGCAACAACAACAGCAGCAGCAGCAGCAGCAGCAGCAGCAGCAGCAGAAAGAGCGACCAAGUGGUGAUAUGGCAACAAGCCAGCAGCCAUUCAGGAGUCAACUAACAAAUUUCCAGAAGACAUCAUCUAAGAGGUCUUCUUCUCCACCGUCUCCAGUACUUAGACAGAAUAAUCAGAAACAGAAUUGCUCAAUGGAGAAAGUUAAAUCGUCCUCAAAACCCUCCAUUUCAAGUGUCCAGAGUCGAAAAAUAAACACAGGGAAUCCUUACGAGCGACCCAAAGCUUCAGGAAAAUCUUCGACCGGUUAUAAAUAUGGGUCCAGGAAAUCAGGCACAGAUGAAGGUCAUUCAUCAAACUACUCUAUAAAGAAAACUCCUCCAAGGAAGAAACGGGCAAUAGACAACAUGUUGAUUGACAGAAGCCCAAAGGAUGAAGCGGAGAACUUUACUUGGGCGGCAGAAGAGAGCAAGAGGAAAGGAAGUGAUGUCGUUUCGUUCACAUUUACAACUCCUCUUGCAAGAUCUUCAUCAAUGCCUGAAACGCCAAAUCCUAGUAAGCGUUUCUUGAUCGACUCGGAAACCAGGAAGUUGUCUUCAGGGGGAGAUGCUUUGACUUCGCUAUUGGAGCAGAAGUUGAGGGAACUAACUGAUGCUGUCGAGUCUUCUAGCCGCAAUACCAUUGGUAAAGUUGGAUCAUCUGAAGUUAAGGAAUAUCAGAAGCAGCAGCUACUACCAUGUCGAGAGAAAGUGUUUGGAGGCUAUGGGGCUAGCUCGUUUUCACCUGAUCCAGUGGCAUAUAGAUUCAAACCCAUAUUUAAGCAGGGGGGAGUUGAUGCAAUGGAGGAAUGCAGCAGCACUAGCAGCAAAUAUUAUGAUCAUGAAAAGCUGCUUGAUUGCAGGCGGCCAAGCCCGAUCUCAGUUCUUGAUCACUCCUUCUCAACUGAAAGCAGCUGCACAUUGGAGAGCAUGGACAGUAGCAGUACAGAAGGCAAGCAGUGCUCGUCCUCUAUUCAAGCACAGCAAGUCCUUAGCUUCACUUUCCCUAAGAAACAUCACCAGCCAUAUGCCGAUGCAGAGCUUCUUGAUUCAGCUUCAUCUACAAGCUCCCAUGCAAACACAUUACCAGACUUCAAAAAACCAAGUAACUGGGAGGGUGAAUACGUGAAGAAGAUGCUUGUCUAUCUGGAUUUGAUGUUCCAUGACUUUGCAAUCGGUAGGUCCAGUGAGGUCGUGAACCCACACCUCUUCAGUCAGAUAGAGAAAAAUCAAAAUGAUUCGUCGAAGCUUGAAAAGAAGGAACUGUUCGACUGUGUGAGUGAAUGCCUGGACUGGAGAUGCAGGAGAUACAUCAAUGGAGGGUAUAAAGCGUGGGAAAAGGGAGUGACAGUCAUUGGAAGAAAAGACUGGUUGGCCGAAGAAGUGCAGAAAGAGAUCGUGUCCUGGAGAAAGAUGGGAGACUGCAUGGUGGAUGAGCUUGUGGACAAGGACAUGGGAAGCCAAUAUGGUAAUUGGCUUGACUAUGAAGAAGAUGCAUUCUGUGUUGUUGGAAAAGAGAUUGACGGGCUCAUACUCGAUUCGUUGGUUGAUGAAUUGGUUGCCGAUAUCCAGAAGCACCCUUGAUCCAGCCGGCGUAAGUUUGAAGAAGACGGUUACUCUGUCAAUGAUGUGUCAAAAUCUCCGCUCCAUUAGUUCUUCUGCAGUUCUAAGGAAGUAUUGGUUCUUAAAAACCAUGUCUUGAUUGCUUUUUGGCUUUCUAUAUAUAGAUAAAGGGUUGGUAUUCAUGAAAGAAAAUAUAGGCAAAGGGGUAUGUCAGAAUUGCAGCCAAAUUUAUUUCUCCUUCAGACCUGGAAAGUACCUCUUUUUCAGAGAUUCGUUGAACACCCAACAGACUUGAAAAUUGCAUCUUGAUUGCUUCUUGUCUCUUGACCUUUUACACAUACAAAGGCUUUGCCAAAAUUGUGACCAGCAGACUGCCAUGACAAACAGAGACAAUCUGCAGCCAUUUUGAUUUGAGACCUGUUAAGUGUUAAGUACUUUUUUCAGAGAGAUUCAUUAAACAGCAAACAGUCUUAAACAUCAUACCUUAAUAAAAGGGUUAUUGAAACUUGUAAUCAAAGCAUUGAGAGACCAAGAUGAAGGACGCAAAAUUUGCAGCCACUUAAUUGAUUCCUCUUCCAGAGCAGGAAUGUACCCCUUUUGCAGAGAGAUCCAUUCAACAAAACUGUCAUGCUCUUGAUUGCUCUGUGGCUAUAACAUGAUUAAAUAGACAAAACACAAGACCCAAAACUGCAGCAAUUUGAUCCCUGUCCUCUCUGAAACGUGGAAAAAGUACCCUUUUCUCUCCUCAGAGAGAUUCAUUCAAACAACACCUAAUCAGACCUCUAUAGUCUCUAUUUACAAAUAACCAUACAUAAAGCUAGAGUAAUUAAACAUAUAUAUGUGACUACUAAAGAUAACAAGCUAACAAACAAGAUAAUCCAAUCCAACUUGUUCCCACCAUUCCUUCCUUCCUUCAUCCCUUUUAUUGCAGCUGUUCAUUGCCAUCCAAGAGCCAAGACAAAAUGCUGCUGUCGCCUUCAUCCCAAUGAAUGUUCUGAAUCUCGUCUCCUCCAGUGAUCUGGUCCCAGUCCAGCCAUUCUUCCUCCGCCUUCUCCUCCCCCUGAUCAUGAUGCUCACAGUUACAGUUAUUACUGUUACUAGCACUGCUGCUACUGCUUUCAAUUCCUUUAUUACUCUCACUCUCAACCACGACCCUUUCACUAUCACAACCAUUCUUCAUUCCCCCACUAGCCAAAUCCUCUUUCCCCUGUCCUUCUCCUCCAUCUUCACUGCAAUGAUGGAGUUUACUCUUAAGCCGGUUCAUUUCACUGUCCAGCCACUCAUACGGUCCCAAAACCCCCUCCUCUUCUUCACCUCCCACAACAACUUCCACGUUUCCAUCCAAUUCCAUCAUCAAUUCUCCACCGUCGAAACCCAAAUCCCCGCCGCCGUCACCUUCGCUCCCAUUCUCCCCGGCGGAGGUAGUGAUCCCGCUCACCGGAGCCGCAGUCUUCUCGUCUUGGUUCCGGACGGGAUUCUCAGAUUUCUCCUUCGCCGCCGCCGCAGCAGCAGCCUUUUUCCGCUUUCUGCUGCUGCGCGCGGCCGCCGCGGCGCCGACAUCGUCGACGAAGGCGGUGGUGGUGGAAGAGGAGGAGGAGGCGGUGGAGGAGGCGGAGGAAUCGAAGGAGGCGGAGCGGCGGAAUGUGUAAAUCUUGCGGCUCAAAUGAGAGUUCCAGUAAUUCUUGAUCUCGUUGUCAGUUCUUCCCGGUAAUUGGGCCGCGAUCACUGACCACCUAUUGCCAAGGGAGCCAUGGAGCUUAACGAUGGUCUCUUCUUCUUCCUUGCUGAUGUUGCCUCUCUUCACAUCCGCCCUCAGGUAAUUAAUCCACCUCAGCCUGCAACUCUUCCCGCACCUCAACAACCCAGCGUUUUUGGGGAGGGAGCGCCAUUUGCCUUCGCCAUUCUGCUGAAUGUAAGAGGUCAAGAUCUGGUCUUCUUCGGCAGUCCAUCUCCCUUUCUUCAGCCCAACUUUCUCGCAGCAGGGCGCUCUCCCCAUGACUGCUGCAGCAGCAAAGCUUACGAGAAGGGGGAAAAAGCAGAGUGUUUUUUGUUUUUUUUUGGGACAAAGGGGAAAAAAGCAGAGUGGUAGAAGUAAUAAUAAACAGAGGAGUGAAGAAGUGGACA